AUGAGUAGUAUUGUAAAGUUCGAACACUAUAUUGAUGUAUGCACCGAGCUUUUCAUGGAACGAAUGGGAGAGUAUGCCCAAGCACAACAGCCCGUGGAUCUUGCAACCUGGGUACAGUGGUACGCCUUUGACGUUAUUGGCGAACUAUACUUUAGCUCGAUGUUCGGAUUCAUGAGACACCGCUGUGACGUUCGAGAUUAUAUUGCCUCUCUCGACACACUGCUUCCUGCUCUAUGCACUGCUAGCGUGAUGCCAGCCUAUGCGCGGGCGCCCUUCCUUGCGUCCGGACUACUGCUCAGCUCAGUAAGAAAAGCUUUAAAGGCUUUGAAGAAUAUUGAAGAAGCGUCAGAAACGUGUGUGCGAGAAAGACUGCAAUCCAGACCAAAUGAGAAUCAUUCGAGAGCAGAUAUCCUCAACAAUCUACUUGAAAUCCACAAGCAUAAGGGUGACCAGCAGAAUUUCAUGAUGACGGAUGUACAGACAGAAGCAUAUGUUGGACUAUUUGCUGGUAGUGAUACUACAGCUGCUGCCCUUUCGUCCAUACUGUACCACCUUAUGAAAAACCGCGACGUUUAUGAAAAGCUCCUUCAGGAGAUAGACGGAGCGACAGCUGCAGGCAACCUUAGCUAUCCACGCAUUAAAUAUGCCGAAACAAUGCAGCUCCCAUACCUGGUGGCGUGCUGCAAGGAAGGAAUGCGGAUCCACCCUAGUGUUGGGCUAACACUUCCUAGAGUUGUCCCUCCAGGAGGGUGCCAGAUUGCAGGCCAGUGGUUUCCUGGAGGCCUGCGUGUUGGCAUAAAUGCUGCAGUUAUCCAUUUGGAUAAGUCUAUAUUUGGCGAAGACGCCGAGACGUAUAAUCCGGAUCGGUGGUUCCGUGAAGACGCAGUUCAAAUGGAACGACACAUGUUUCAAUUUGGAGGAGGGUCAAGGACAUGCAUAGGUAAAAAUAUCUCAUUAUGUGAAAUGCAUAAGUUAAUUGCGGAGCUUCUCCGGCUGUACGAAAUAAGGCUGGCCGACUCUGAAGCGGAAUUCAGAACCAAGAACCACUGGUUCAACAAGUCUUUGCCUAUGUCCGUGCAGAUUAGAAAACGAGAUAAUAUUGUUUAA